AUGGCGAUCAUGCGGCAGUCCUAAGAGGGUUCUAAGUUAAGAUAUAUAGUAGUAUCGGAAUGAGGGUGGACAAGGGCAAGGUAAUACUACUACUAGUUCUCAACGAAUAUCGGCCACGCAACCAUUUAUCAUUCACUUCAGAUGACGGGCUGACCAUCUAACAUAAUCUUCGUUAUGAUGUACUAUCAUGAAAACAACCGGUAAUUUCUCCUGACCGCAAUCCUCACGUGACCCGCACCGGGGAUCUCCGCCGCGAUUUGCGGCGGGAUAAUCCCCACCGAUAAGAAACAACAUCCAAAGCUUCCCCGAUAGCUCCUUCCCUCUAGACUCACUCCCAUCACAUCGCACUCAACACGUAUCAAGGGAGAAUUCUUCGUCUAUUUCACAGUGAUCCUAUAGCCUACUGUUUGCGCUAACCUAACUAUUCUCUAAACAAUGACUGAACUCCUAUGGCGCAGUCGCGGAGCUGCGCCGCUUUUGUCAUCCCUUCGCUGUUCCCGCAGCUAUUCAACUCAUCACGCCGCCAGAAUACCCAGCUGCAACCCCAUAUUACUUAUUGGUAGACACCAAACAGAUAACCCAUCAUUGCGAAACCAGCAUUCUUCGAACUAUAAGCCCACUCCCUCCAUCCCCCGCCAAACACCUGGGCAGCGCAUCCCACGAUCAUACCUCCCCCAAUCGAGACACCACCACACCUCGCGUGCAAACAACAACAGUGAAUCAUCCACCAACAACAACACCACCAAACCCAUAUCCCUCCCCACAACCCCGGACCCCGACCUCCCACACCUCAACGCCUCGCAAAAUGUGCACAUGACCAAAAUAUCCAGCAAACCCAUAACCUUCCGCCUCGCAACAGCAACCUGCCAUAUCCAAUUCUCCAACCCGCGGCCCUGGGAGAUCCUGCGCGACGGCGGGAUGACCAAAAAGGGGGAUGUGUUUAGUGUAGCGCGCAUCGCGGGGAUUAUGGCUGCGAAGAGGACACCGGAUAUUAUACCCCUGUGUCAUCCAGGGAUAGGGAUCACGGGGGUGGAGGUGGAUGUGGAGUUGGUUGGGCCGGAGGCUGCGUCGGCUAAGCAUGGUGAUAAUGGUGGUAAGUGGGAUUUAGGACAUGGGGGAAUGAGGGUCGUGGCUAGUGUGAGUUGUGAGGGACGGACGGGGGUGGAGAUGGAGGCGAUGACGGCGAUAAUGGGGGCGGCAUUGACGGUAUAUGAUAUGUUGAAGGCAGUGGAUAAGGGGAUGAUAGUUGAGGGGGUGAGGCUGUUGGAGAAGAAGGGGGGGAAGAGUGGGCAAUGGGUUAGGGAAGAUUCUACGAGUAGUAGUAGAGGUGGUUCUGAGAAGUGA